AUGGAGCCUAGCAUCAUAUUCUUCGUCAUCGCCGUCUCUACGAUCACAACCGACUACUCGACAACAAAAUUAGAAUGGACCCCAGAUAUUCGCACCGAGUGCUUGUGCUGGGCUGUUCUGUGUCUGGGGCUUAGGUUCCGACGCUAUAAAUCGAAGAUGCUGGCAACUGAGUCGGAAGAUGCGCCCUCAUUGCCGACACACGGAUCCGAAUUCACUUGGAUGGCAUGGAGCAUCUCGUUUUUCGUCGCUGUCACGCGCGUGCUGCCGGUGUAUUACGAUAUCACACCAGUGAUGCCACUGACAGUGGUAUCCACGUUUCUUGCGCUGUCCUAUCGAGAUUUACGACUGGAUGCUUUACCGAAACCCGGGGUUUCUAAAGGAGGAUUGACACCGAAAUUACAACGCCGGCGUUCUAUACAAUCAUUUCUUCUUGGUUUGCUGGGAAUAUGUUCCCUUUUCUAUAUGUCAAGAUCUGUCAACGCCCCCUCGGUCCUGAUCUUGGUUCUUUUUAUUGUGGCAAGGUCAUCGAGCUUUUUCUUGCUAGAUACAUUCAUGGAACGUAGCGAGGACCUAUCGUUGUGGGAGAUGCUUGAGACCAUCGCUUUCCGAGUAUUUUGCAUCCUCGUCGGGGUCCUGAUUAUUUUUCCAUCCUCCUCCACGUUAGUUUGGUCGAUGAUACUGCACGCUUUCUGCAUCUCUGCAGGACUGACAGCCACUUUUUAUCUGGUUUGUGGUAUUUUCUCUUCGACAGCGCAAGAUUAUGUAUUGUGCGGUUAUACGCUCGCAACCACCACGAUCGAGCCAUACUCUAUAAGUGCGAUUCAAAGUCUUGUAGCCAUUACAGCCCAAGACUAUCUUAUCUUUCUUCUGAUUUCGGUUACGUCCUUAGCCUUGGGCAUAACCUAUCUGCCUACCUCAGCAACACGGCAAAAGAUUUUCGCGCUCAUGAUCAUCCCGAUGCUGCCUAUCCUCACCGGCCACUCGGCAUUAUGGCGCUUGGAACCGUCUCUACCAUGGGACAUUCUCGAUCCAUCUGUUCACCCGAUUCGCCACCUUGCUAUACAAGCUGAAACCAAGUUUCAUACGAUGGUCAAGAAGCAAUCUCAAACACUGAAUGCUUCUUGCGCAGAGUACGAACGCCGAUACGGACGACAGCCUCCUCUGCAUUUUGACAGGUGGUUCCGAGCAGCCCAGGACCAAGGAUUCCUAUUGACGGAUGAGUUUGACACCAUGAUGGCAGCCAUAGAGCCCUUGUGGGGUGUAGCUCCAUCUGAUAUUCGAGCCCGCGUCGACAAUGCAAUUAGUGCGAGCCAAGGGACUAUUAUUCAGCUUAAGGUUGUUCAGGGCAGAUCGAUCAAGUCCGCACAUUGGAUGGGAUCAGUAAUCAACAAUUGGUUCGACCCAGAAAUCCUCGAGACGAUACCUGAUAUGACCCUUGCGAUCAAUACAAUGGAUGAACCCAAAGUUGUGGUGCCUCACGACAUAUUGUCUCAUGCCUUGGAAGCCGCUCGAGGGUCCCGUCAAGGCACCUUGCUUCCUGGGAAAAAUUCCGAUCUCGCGCAACAUGUCGACUUCUUAGAUAUUAGCAAGCAGGACACCUGGGAUGCAAUGUCGCUAUCUUGUCCCCCUGAUACUCCAGCACGGGACUUCUACCAGGAGGCCAUCCACUCUCCCGCCUUGACCGAGAUAGGCUUUCUCUCCAACUUGACAUUAAGCAAGGAUGUUUGCCAAUUCCCGGAGCUUCAUAACAUCCACGCUGGCCUUCGUCACCCGAGCUCAAUGUCAAUGACACACGCGCUUGUUCCGAUUUUCUCUCAGGCUAAAGCGUCCUGCUUCAAUGACUUGCUAUACCCAAGUCCCUUUUAUGCUGCUAAACUGAGCUCGGGCGAGUACCAUGAAGGAGAAGAUAUAGAUUGGGACCAAAAGGAGAACGUUGUUUAUUGGACCGGUUCGAAUACGGGGGGCUCUCCACGUACGAGAACUGGCGAUCUUUCCAACGGCAACCGACAGGAUGGGCGAAACUCCGUGUGGGUGCCCAUCAAUUCCACCAUCGCAGCUAUUUCCAAUUCUACCCAAGUGCGAAUCUCUGCCGCCAUUCAAUGUGAACAUAGUGCAUGCAUGGAACAAGAGAAAGAAUUGGAUAUCAAAGCUGGCGAGAGAGACGCCAUCGCCGCGAGCUAUAAGGCACGGUAUAACCUCGACCUCGAUGGAAAUGGACUUAGUGGACGCUUCUACCGGCUUCUAAUGUCCAAAUCAGCCGUUCUGAAACAGACACUCUACCAAGAGUGGCACGAUGACUGGCUGGUUCCGUGGGUGCAUUAUAUUCCGCUCAGCAUGGACCUUCGAGAUUUCCCUGAAAUCGUUCGUUACCUAACCCAAGAGCGGGAGGGACAAGCUCUGGGCAGGAAGGUUGCCCAAAAUAGCUACGAGUGGUCGCGCAGGGUCCUUCGUAAUAAAGACAUGAAAAUGGUUUGGUGGCGGCUGAUGCUGGAAUACGGAAGACUUUUGAGCGAUGAUCGUGACCAACUGUGGUGCAAGAACUGCACUAACGACCAUGAACCCGAGCCAAAGAAUAUUUGA